AUUUUUGCGGCGUUUGCACAUGUCGUGGUUCUUGUCUUCUGUGAUGAUACGAUUGUUUAUUUUGAGCUUCCUGUCAUCGAGGCUUACUACCAAGAGUGAAGCAGUGAGUGACGCAGUAGCCGCCAGCCGGUGGUACGAACACAGCCGCGAAGCCAAGUCGACGUUUGUGAUCAUCAUGUGCCGAGCGCAGAGGCCGGUGCAGAUGUGGGCGGGCCGUUUCGCUGUCAUGUCACUGGAGACGUACGCUGCCAUUCUGCAAGCUGCCUACAGCUACUACAACAUUUUGAGUAAACUGACAUGAAUCAUUACAGCAGCUUCAACGACAG